AUUAUUACUUAAGAAUUCCAAGAUGCUGAUUUAGGUGCAAAUGUUGUUUUAAUUCACAAUGUGGUUUGUUUACUUUUGGCUUAGCAGGGCAAUUGAUUCCAACCACAGUUAUAUAUGAAUCAUAGGUUACACCUUAGCAAUACGGAUGAGCUAGGGUAAUAAUGGCUUAUGCAACCAACUCAGACAAAAGUACAGGCAGUCCUCGACUUGCAACAAUUUGUUUAAUGGCCGUUCAAAGUUACAGUGGCCCUGAAAAAAAGUGACUUAUGACUGUUUUUCACACUUGUGACUGUUGCAGCAUCUCUAUGGUCACGUGAUCAAAAUUCAGAUGCUUGGCAACUGGUUCAUAUUUAUGACAGCUGCAGUGUCCCAGGAUCACGGGAUCCCCUUUUGCGACCUUCUGACGAGCAAAGUCAAUGGGGGAAGCCAGACUCACUUAACAACCACAUUACUAACUUCGCAACUGCACUGAAGAACUGUGGUAAAGAAAGAUCGUAAAAUGGGGCAAAGCUCAUUUAACAACUGUCUGGCUUAGCAACAGAAAUUUUGGGCUCAGUUGUAGUUGUAAGUCAAGGACUACCUGUAUGUCUUAGUAUGAUAUGUGAAUCCAGUUUCUUAAAUUAGAAACCUUACUUAGAUGUAGUAGCUUCCUCCACAUGACUUUUAGAAACAUUUGAGCUAUCCUCCAGCAGUGGCACCAUAAGGCUUAUAGGUAUUAGGGUAUGUGCUUAACUAUUCCUAAAUGUUUGUUACUCUGCAGUAUUCAUGUCUUUCUCUCUGACUGUUUUGCUGUGCUAUCCUGUUGCACCAGGCUGAGACUUCACUUUCAAACUUAGGGUCUGGUGAAAAAUCUCCAGGCAAAGCAUAGAUUGAGAUAAGGAUUCUGGAUGCCCACAAGUCGCUGGUGCUGGUAGAUGCAGCUUAGUAUCAGAAUGAACUUUGUGGGGAACAAACUGACGGCAUUUAAAACUUCCUUCCUUCAAGUGAUUAUGCCAGAUGAAGAAAUUCAUUUGUGGUGUCUACAGGAUUACUGUUGCUUUAACUUUUUUUUUACGUAAUGUUCCUAUUCACAAUGGCUUGCUUGGCAAUGUUCCCAAGUAAAUGUCUUAGCUAACCUGCCGGGCAGCUAUUCCGUAAUUGCCAUUCUUUCCGCAUUCUUUUUGUCCUUGACUAUGCUGCAGUAUACUCUUUGUACGUCUUCGAAGUUAAAUGCCACACCUCUUUUUGUCUUAGCUCUAGUGGCAUCCGUGGUACUGUGGUACAUUUUAAUUUAUGAAAUUCAGCCGCCUUGAGUCUUCGGAGAAAGGCGGCAUACAAGUUGAACAAAUAAAUAAAUAAAAGGCAUUAAGGCAGCUUCUCACUUUUAGCUCUCCAGAUGUGUUAGGAUGCAAGUUUUAAUUAUGCUCAGCCAGCAUGUUGAUGAUAGAAAUUGUAGUCCAAUGCAUCUCAAGGGCACCAGAUUGGAGAAGGUUGUGAUAAAGAAAACUUGACUGCUGCUUUCUGACGCACACAUUAUCGCAGACCCAUCUUGCUCGUGAUGACAUUCAAACCAAAGCGGGGACGUACAAGGACUUUCCUUCGAUUCAUUGGUUUUAAGUAGCCUGCAAGCUUGUCGAUCCAAGCAAAAGGCAUUUUUUUAAACCUCUGGUGACAUUAAAUCUGACAGGGAAACUCUCCCUCUUUUCAUAGAUAGCCUUUCCACUUGGCAUCCUGAAUAUUUACUUGUUGAAAAAACAGCUUAGCUGCCUGCUGGGGGAGGGCUCACUGGCAAUAAUUAUGUAAGUUAAGCUAAGCUGGCCUGCAAACAAGAUAGAAGCUGGCCAACAUGGAAGGAAAUGCCUGGCUGCUCAUUCCUCCCAACUGAAUUUUAGAAAGCAGCGUAGAAAAUCGAGGAGGAAAAUUGCUACCACUUCUUUAAUUAAAGUAUAAAUUUAAUUUAAUUAAUAGUUCCAGUUGGGACUCAGCUGUUGAAUGUAGGGUUUUUCGGGCAGAAAGACCUUGCCAUUCAAAAAGCAAAAGAGGUGAGGAGGCCAACAUCUUAAGAUCCUAUCCUCAGUUGCAGCUAACUGCAACACAACUAUAUCUCAGCAAUGUCUUCUUUUUUUUCCUAUUGUGUCCUCACAAUUUUGGCCUCAUAGAGGCAAGUCAUCCUUAAAGUAAUAUUCUUCCUGUUAUUAUGAUACAAGUUUUGCCAUGGAUUCAAUCAGAUGCACCAUUCUUUCGGUGGUGCAAAGAGAGGAUCUUUGGAGAUGGGAUCAGCCCAGCACCAUUGGCCAACUCAGAUUGGUCUGGCAUGAUUCUUCUACAGUCCCUAAACACCAUCUUCUGGACUAUUCUGCAUUCCAGGUAUAUGCCAUGCUGUGGGAAUUUGGUGAUCCGAGACCCUCAUACUAUCAGCAGUCUUGAUUGGGAUCUCAGUGGUCAGCACAGCCGGACAUUUAUCAGCUUUACAGGACCUUUCAUCAACAAACGGAAGGAAUAUUCAGAGAGGAGGAUCAUUGGUUAUUCCAUGCAGGAAAUGUAUGGUGUUGUGGCCAACGUGAAUGAAUAUAAGGAAUUUGUUCCGUGGUGUAAAAAAUCAACUGUGGUCUCUAAGCGAGCAGGUCAUGUGAGGGCCCAGCUGGAAGUUGGAUUCCCUCCUGUUGUGGAACGUUACACCUCUAUUGUGACACUGGUGCAACCUCACUUGGUAAAGGCAAUCUGCACUGAUGGGAAGCUUUUCAAUCAUCUGGAGACAAGCUGGCGUUUCAGUCCUGGCAUUCCAGGCUAUCCUCGUACGUGUACCCUGGACUUCGCGAUCUCUUUUGAAUUUCGUUCCCUGCUGCACUCGCAGUUGGCUACCGUUUUUUUCGAUGAGGUAGUAAAGCAGAUGGUGGCAGCCUUUGAGCGCCGGGCAGCGAAGACUUAUGGCCCUGAGACCAAUAUUCCUCAAGAACUCAUGUUCCACAAAGUCCAUCAGACGUGAAGGGUGCCUGCUGCUUUGGUCACUCUGCGGACACUUGAAGUUGGGUGUUUGCUUGUAGCAUCCCCAGCUGUUUGUUUUUAUCUAUUUAUUUGGUUUCUCCUGAUAUCCUGUUUAAUUUAUCCACUGGGCCUGGUGUGAUGACCAAGACUUAUUCCUAAGGAAAGGGUCAGAGUGCCACGUUACCUCUGGAGCAAUGUCUCAGUCUUCACUUUUAUUUUACCUGACUGGGCUUUUAUGCUGGGUUCUUUUCUUUUUAGCAUACUUUAUUUGAAGCUUCUUUCUAUGAAACAUACCACUGUGGCUGCCUUAGAUUGUAGUUUGUGCUGUUCCUUGACUUCUUGAGAAAGAGGUAGCAAAAACUCAUUUAAGUUCUUUCAGUGGGCCUAAGGAAGACCAGUUGAAAAUUGUGCCUCUUAAAAUAUGUUUUAAAGGAAAAUAACUUAACAGUCCACUUCUUGAUAAGAGAGAAUGGCCUACAGUUGUUGCCCCGAGGGUGGUUUUGGCAGUCAGUGAUACAUUGGGUUUUUCCACCUUUCCUUUUCAUCAUUGGCUUAGGUCAGAAAGAAAUGGCAGCCACUUAGCUGCUCAGUGAGUGCCUUUUUGAGGGAAUGAUGGGGGCUAAGGAAAGGCUUUCUUUGGGGUUUGAGAUUAUUUUAGAAAAUAGAUGUUGGUCUUAAUGAAAGUACUUUUGAGAUAGGAAGGAAUGUGAGGGGAAAAGAGAGUGGUCCUUCCUAUUGCAGGACCACUGAAGCUUUCUUUAACGUCCAGCUUGUAAUGUCCAGCCUUCCAAGACGAUUUCAUACCAGUUUUAAAACUCAAAUGUUACCCUACGAGCAAUGUUUUGAUGGCAAGCACUUCAAUAAUUCAGCAGCCAGGAUCAGCAAAGCCACUCUAUAACCUAACUGGCUGUUUCAGUUUAUCCAGCUCCACCUCUCUAUGCUGCUCUGCAAGAAGAGACUGGAAAAUGGCAUUAGCAGGCUGAAGGCUUCUGCUUUGAAGAAACAGUUCCCGUCUCUUCGAAACUACAGUUUGUCUUCCAUCACAUCUUUCUGUGCCAUGAAUGGCUGUAUCCGUUGUGGUUCAGUGAAGAUGAAGCUUCCAGGGUGAAUGUGGGAGAGGAGCAAUUGAGCAUCACGUCUCCAAACAGUUUGUGGGAAGAAAUUUAGCCGGAAUCUUCAGUGAACCAGCUCCAAGCAUGAAAGAACUCAAUUCCUGGCUGCUGUAACUUACUUAUAUCCCCAUUGUGGGUAUACCCCAAACCCUCCCUUUUCCCGCUCCAUUAACACUAAUUUUGUGUUGCCUAGCUUGGUAUAAACCCUCCGUCCCUUUUCUAGUUACCCAAGGAAUUUUUAUUUUUGUUUAAAGCACUAUUUGCACAAACCACGUGGGUGCAGGAUUGCCAAGGCUAGGAAGAGAGUGCCACUGCGGCUAUGUUUCUGUGGAAGGACUGAAUAAGCUCCUUCUAAUGUCUCCUUUAUCCUGUAGGCUUGGGUCAUCCUGAGUGUGAUGCUAAAAAUUCUGGGUGUGUGUGAAUGUGCAGUUUGGUGAAGAGGCAACUUUGGGGGCGUGCGAGAGAAAUACUAGUGGAUCAGUAUAUGUAUAUUUUUUUAUGGAAAGGGCUGGGUAUCAAUGUAAACUCAUAAAAAUGAAUAAAUGUUUUCCUUGGGGUAGGGUGGGUGGGUCUAAAAUAAUAUGCCUAAAAGUCAGGCCGUGCUUCAAUGUGCCACAGGUUAGUAAACUCCCCCUUGGUUGUGCAUUUUGAGAAGCCUUUGCCUGGGGAGUGUUUACAGGGUAGGAGGAAGCAAGUAUUCUGUUGAAGGAAUGGCUCAGUGGGGAUAUGUGACUACAAUGAUUUUUCCUCAGAACUUUCUCCUUAGGAUUAGAAUCUCCAGACUUAAUUUGUCAUAGAUAAAAAGCCUUUCAGAUUUGAGUAAUGAGGAGUGAGUCAUAUGCAUAGAUCCAUGGGAAGAUAGAACAUUACUUGGGGUGCCUGUCACGGAAGCAGAUUCCUUUGAUGUACUGGACGUAAAUCUGCCUUGGCUGCUUCUGUGUGUGGACUGUAACUGUUGCCAAACUUUGGAAGGAAUUGCUUGCUGCAAAGCAGCUUGGCUUUGAGGUAAUUCCCAUGAAUCAGUUCAGCUGCCAUUUCUCUGCCACUCCUGGCUUUUGAGCGUUGGCUCCACUGUCAUGGCAGAGUCAUGUGGAUUGGGCCCUAUAACAGCUACCUUUUUCUCAGCAAAUUCCCAGCUAUCAUCAUUCAUAUUUAAAUAAGCUCCUCUUCCUUCCCACCCUCUCAAACUCAUCAACUGCUUAAUUCCUGUAAAAUGCUUUGAGGUCGUUGACUUGCUCUUUAUCUUGGUUUGUCAUUGUGUACCAUGCAUGGCAAGCUUCCACAACAGAGGGCACAGCCUGCAGUAGUCUUUUUCUUAAAUCUCAGGCUUAAGAAGGCAAGAUUGUGUUUGUGUUUUUAAAUGAGGAAUGCUUGCCUGAAAAAGUAUCUUCUCUCUCCCCCACCCCUCUUUUUAAGAGUGGUGAAAUCGCUCCUAGGAAAUUUCAAAUAUCUGAACAGUCUAACAAAAUCUAAGUUAUGUUAGCAUUCUGUCUUCCUCAGCAGAUGGCAUCUUGGGUUAUGAUUUUAAAAAGAAAAAAAAAAGACCCAGCAAAUUUAUAGAAAUCUUCCUGACUAGCUGCCCUUGUUAUACAAGGAGGAUGAGCAGUUGGGCCAAUAGUAAAUAGUAAAUUUCAGUGACACAGAACAGAGCCUUUGAAUUUAAAUCUAGUAAUGCAUGGCAGACUUUCACGCUGUAUGCAUGAGCUGUAAGCAACGCACUGAAAGAUCUGAAUACAGUAUAUAUUUUAAUGAAGCUCAGUUAUUGUCUGGAAGAACACGGCAUGUUCAAAUCCCAUCUAACCCUGCUGUAGUAGCUUUUUUCAGCUGCGUUUCUAUACUAUGAGAAAUAAGCAUUUUAAAACAGUUGAUAUACUGAUAUUAAUAAUAAUGCAACUUAAAAGAACAAACACUUCCCCCAAGGAUUUUGAAAUAACUAUUCUCGGUCACCUUAACUGACCAAAGCUGCAAACUCUAUUCAUGCUUCCUUGAAAUUCAAUCCUGCUGAACAUGGUUAGACUUCUGUAUAAUCAUAUUAAGGACUGCUCAUGUUUAGAACAACUAGAUAGCUGUGCAACAGUCCAAGAGGAAGAUUAAGUUUUGACAGCAGCAGGCUUACUGCUUUGAUUAAGUGUCACUAUUGCUCUUCUCGUAAAAACCAAACCAAACAAGAGCUUGAUGUAUGUAGAAAUCAGUUUCCAAAGAAACCUAGUAUUCUCUCUUUAAAAAGUUUCCAGUUGCUAGGAACAACGAUGUUUAAGAAUCUCAGAAAGCAAGCAAGCCACUUAGGGAUCUUGUUGCUGCCUCCUGUAAUUUCAAGAUUAUAAAAUGCAGCAUUAUGCAACAUCCAUAUUGUUCAGUAAUAGAAAUCCUAGAAUGCUAGUUUAGAAUAACACUUGCCCUGGCAUCAAUUUGAUUUCUGAAUAACAGUACAGGGAGGCACCUACCCACCAGCGCCAGGAUUGUCUGCCUUUGUUUUUCAUGCUGAGAACAGCUGUUGCUCUACAAAGCUGGUUUGUUGGUGAGUAGAAGAUAUAUCUCACACAAUUGUUUUGUUAUAAUAGUCACUAUGAAGAAUGCUAACGUCACAGAGGCCCCUUUUAGCACAGGUGGGUGCCCCUAAAACUAAGAGGUAAUUGUGCAUCCAUUAAUUUGCCAAGAGGGGACCAAAUCUGGCUGUUAAUGAAGGCAUGGUGGCUAUUUUUAGUCACUGACAGGCAAAUUAAUCUUGAAAUAUAUUAGAACCUUUUUUCAAGGAACAGGAUUCAGAGUUGCAGCUUUUAUUUUAAAUUAUUCUAAAUGAAAUCCUUGGAAUCAUUGCAGUAAUUGUAAUUGUGACCACCUCCACUGAAAUAGCUUUUAUGCAGAUCCAGAUACUUGAACAAGAGUCCCACUGAAACCAUUUGGAUGUUAAAUUAGGCACACAACCAAAAUCGGGUGUUGUGGCAUAGUUAACCAAUUUAUAAAGUGAGAUAAGCAGGCUGUCCUGCCCAGGUGCUUUUUUUUUUUUUUUUACAUCUUGUUCCUGAAGUUUCCUACCGGUUGUAGUUUAGCUCUGGUGUUUUAUUUGCUGCCAUCUAAUGAACCUGAAGAAUAUGAGUUUUCUCAAGUCCGUCUGUAUUAAAUGCCUAAUUUUGCUGCUGUCCUUUGUCAAAACAGAUGUCUUAAAUUUGUGCCUUCUGUUUUCUCCCUCUGCACAUAUUUUUAUUGAAUUAGCUGUCUUAUGUUCCUUAGCCUGGUACGUGCUACCUCACACUGUAAAGAAAGGAUGUUUGUAGACAAAAAGAGUAGACAGAAUCAUGCACAGUAAAUGAAAUUAUUUUCCCCUAUCCUUUUUCCUUAUUUGAUUAUUGAAAAACUGAACAAUCCCCACUGCAUUUUUAUGGGCUAAUAAAAUAUGUUUGCGAAAAGAUGCAGCGAUUCCCCAUGAGAUGUUGUGGCUUAUAUGAGGGCAGGGAUGUGUUGAAAGUCAGCAGAACAUCUUAUGGGUCGUGGGACAUUAGAAUGCAGUUGCUAAAUGCGGACAGCAAAAUUCCCCUUCUAGUGUAGGCCUACUUCAACCACUGCUAUCCUCUGGAAUUAUGGGAGGCCUGAGUGCUUGUACUCUCUCAUGCCCUCAAUUCUAUAUGAGAAAUGAUGAGCACUGAACUGUUUUACAAAACUGAUAGCCACCCACUGAAGUGCAGGUGAGGCUAAUUAGCACUGGCCUUACAAGAAGUGGACAUCAAGCACUGAUUUUGCAUAGAAGAGAGACAGCAAACACUGUGGAACUGUAGUAUAGGCAACUAUAUCCAAGCCAAGACAUGAUGUAGGCAUGUUAACACAGUUUAUGCAUCCCUAGAAGCAUGGGAUGUUUCAGAUUGAGACUUCUGGAACCCUUCAAGGUUUCUGUACCUAAAGCCAUGCUCACAACUUCUGGAGAAAGUAUUUGUUAAUGUUGCCACUGGCCACUUCACUGCUUUGAUUUAUUCAGGCGGAAGUAGAAUCCUGCUACCUUUUCUUCAGUAGCUGAAGAAUCUGGGGAAUGUUUACUGAAAGUGAACUCCCGUUUCCCCAGAAGAUGUCUUGCUGAUUUAUUAAGAAUUCAAACCUUUGUUAUGCAUAUUCAGAUCAAAGAACUAGAAAUGUGUUGAAAGAAAAAAUUACUUGAGCUGAAUGAAAUUGGUCAGCCAUUUGAAGAAUAUUAACAUUUUGCCUGACUCCCAGCGACAUGCAUGCACACAGACAAGUAUCUCAAUAGCUUCAAUUGUAGUUUAUAAAAACCUAUGCGACAUUUAGCUCCAGUGGUCCCUAGCAUGCUGCAAAAUUUCCAGUCAAAAUUGGAGUUGAGUCUUUUGUUACUUGGCUUUCAAUAGAGAGCACUCCAAUUGGAUUAAUGACAGUCAUCUGAUAGUGAGAUGGGUGGCAUAUAAAUUUAAUAAAUAAUAAAGCAAAAUCCCACUAGAGAGAAUCCUUCCACUCCUGUUUGGAUCCUUGGAAUUUAAUUUGUAUGGACCCAUUCAUGUGGGAUUGAUAGCUCAGCUUUCCCCCUUAACUCUUUCAGUGUCUGAGCGCUAUUACCUAUGGCUUUAUGUGUGGUAUGUGAACUAGUCUAUAAUUACAUAUAUACACUUUUGCUUAUUGAAAUACCACUAUUUUAGUGAGCUCACUUUCCGGACACAUAGAAAACAUACUGCUGUACAUUUCACCCUAAAGAUAAGUGUCAUAAAAAGCAGCUUUCAACUGUCGGGUUGUGUGUCAACAUUUCCCAAAAAAAAACUGUUUUAAAACAAGCUGAAUAGAUAAUUGAAUGUGCAUUUUAAAGUGCUUCUCAUCUUGAUUCCUGUCCGGUUAGUCAACCUAAUCUCAGAAUAAAAUACACAUCUUUAUCUUUGAGCUUAUUAAACCAAAGCUCACAAUAGAAGUUUCAAAUUCAGCAAUAGAUUUCUUUAAAGCAAAAACAUUCAAAAUAGGAUAGCCUAUACAGUAAUGCAAAAUGGUGCUAUUCAGAGGAAACCUGUUAUCAAAUGCUUUUUUCAUUAAUGUGUUUACUUAACUCUAUGAUGCUGCUGGAUUAAACAAACAACUAUAGUGAUUUGAAUGUUCAAACAUAGCCUCUGUUUUCUGGCGUGUCCACAAGAGACGGGUUAUUUAUAGAAUGUUUCUGGGAAGUUCAUUCCAGCUGAAUUUCAUUCCCCACUAUGGCGUACAUCCAACCAUCUACAGCAGAUGUUGACUUCCUGCCAGUGUGCACUAUGCACUUCAAGGACAAAAAAAAAAGUUUGUUCACAAGUUGAAUUGAGGUCUUGAUUUGAUUGGAAGAUCUAAUUACAUCUACAAGCCUGCAGCCAAAAGUCUACAACCACUAUGUUUUUUUCUGAGUUUGUAAGAAACAAUGAAUCAAUUUACUGUAGGUUGUGCAUCAACAUUUUAGUUUGUUUGAAUACCGCAUGUGAAUGCAGAAUAUUGAAUAAAACAAAGGAGUGCUGUAUAGCAUAGAAAA